UCCUGGUUUUUUCAAGAAAUGGAGGCUGAAGAUGCGGAUUGCUAUCAGCCGAGUGGAAUCUGUGACUCGUGUUUUUUGUUAGCCAUCCAUACGUCAUUGUAUCGUUGGCAAGAAUAACAAAUCCUUUAAUUCUUUAAGUUUUUUAUUUAUUUUUUCCCACAGAGAUAUUAACUUAAUUUCUGGAAAAUUUGUGAGACUCGGGGUGAUACUACAUUAGCAAGCUAGCUACAGAAUCGUAACGACGUUUUGGCUCGCUAGCAAGCUUGUCUCGACCAGUAGCUAGCUAGCUAACUUAGCCUGAUAUUUGACUUUUUUGGAAACUACGAAGAAGCAUCCCAGUUUGUCACUGUUUAUUUGAGGGGAAAGACAAUUGCCAGUUUUCUAUAUAUUUUUUUCGGGAAAGUGAUCAAUUGAAGAGGAAUGAGGUCUCGGACAGAAGGGGAUCAUUUGACCUUGUUUUUGGGUCUGUUGCUGUCUGUCUGCACGAUCUGCCUACUACCCGCUAAUGGAGAAAUCUGUGGUCCAAGCAUCGACAUCAGGAAUGACAUCCGCGAGUUCAACCGCCUGGAGAACUGCACGGUGGUGGAGGGCUACCUGCAGAUCCUGCUCAUCGGCGACAAGACCAACAGCGCCAACCAGGAAAGCUUCCGCACCCUCAGCUUCCCCAAGCUGACCAUGAUCACCGACUACCUGCUGCUGUUCCGCGUGUCCGGCCUGGACAGCCUCAGCACGCUCUUCCCCAACCUGUCCGUCAUCCGCGGCCGCAACCUCUUCUACAACUACGCGCUGGUGAUCUUCGAGAUGACCAGCCUGAAGGACAUCGGCCUGGCCAACCUGCGCAACAUCACGCGCGGUGCCAUCCGGAUCGAGAAGAACCCCGAGCUCUGCUACCUGGACUCGGUCGACUGGUCGCUCAUCAUGGACGCCGAGUUCAACAACUUCAUCGCCGGCAACAAGCAGUCGAAGGAGUGCGGCGACGUCUGCCCGGGGAUCAUGGAGGACAACCCCCAGUGCAUCAAGACCAGCUUCAACGACAACUACAGCUACCGCUGCUGGACCUCCAACCACUGCCAGAAAGUGUGCCCUGAGAAAUGUGAGAAGCGGGCGUGCACGGAAUUGGGCGAGUGCUGCCACCCGCAGUGCCUGGGCAGCUGCGCGGAGCCCGGCAGCGACGCGGCCUGCGCCGCCUGCCUGCACUACUACCACGAGGGCCACUGCGUGCCCGACUGCCCGCCCGACACCUACAAGUUCGAGGGCUGGCGCUGCAUCACCAUGGACGAGUGCUCCAAGGUGCACCUGCCCAGCGACUUCGACCGCUUCGUCAUCCACGGCGGGGAGUGCAUCCCGGACUGUCCCUCGGGAUUCACCCGCAACGAGAGCCAGAGUAUGUUCUGCAGCGCCUGCGACGGACUUUGUGACAAAAUCUGCGACGAGAAGAUCAUCGACUCCGUGGACGCCGCUCAGUCCCUCAAGGGCUGCACCGUCAUCAAGGGCAACCUGCACAUCAACAUCCGCCGAGGCAAUAACAUCGCGUCAGAGCUGGAGAGCUUCAUGGGCCUGAUCCAGACGGUGACGGGCUACGUCAGGAUACGCCACUCCCACACGCUGGGCUCGCUCUCCUUCCUCAAGAGCCUGCGCUACAUCAAUGGGGAGGAGCUCAUGGACGGAAUGUACGCCUUCUCUGCGCUGGAUAACCAGCACCUCCAGUACCUGUGGGACUGGACCCAGCACAACCUGACCAUCAGGGCUGGGAAGCUGUUCUUCCGCUUCAACCCCAAGCUGUGCAUGUCCGAAAUCCGCAAGAUGUGGGACAAGACUGGCAUCACGGAGAAGUUUGAGGAGUACGACUUCCGCAACAACGGAGACCGAGCCAGCUGUGAGAGUCACAUCAUCAAGUUCAAGUCUAACAGUACCGUGAGCAACAGGAUCAAACUGACCUGGGAACGCUACCGGCCUCCGGAUUACAGGGACCUCAUUACCUUUAUAGUUUACUACAAGGAAGCACCCUUCCAGAACAUUACGGAGUUUGACGGUCAGGACGGGUGCGGCUCCAACAGCUGGAACAUGGUGGACGUGGACCUUCCCCAGGACAAGGACAUGGACCCCGGGGUGCUGCUGUCCCCACUGAAGCCCUGGACGCAGUACGCCAUCUUCGUCAAGGCCAUCACCCUGGUGGUGGAGGACAACCACAUGCUGGGCGCCAAGAGCGAGGUGGUCUACAUCCGCACCAACCCUUCAGAGCCUUCGAUGCCUUUGGACGUUCGCUCCUACUCCAACUCCUCCUCCAAGCUGCUGGUGAAGUGGUCGCCCCCCAUCUCCCCCAACGGGAACCUCACCUACUACCUGGUCCGCUGGCAACAGCAGCCAGAAGACAAGGAGCUGUACCUUCACAACUACUGCUCCAAAGAGCUGAAGAUCCCCAUCAGGAUCUCUGCCACGGGCGUGGUGGAGAUGGAAGAGGACACCAAGCCCACCAAAUCGGACGCGGGCGGGGCAGACAAAGGGCCCUGCUGCCCCUGCCCGAAGACGGUGGACGACCUGAAGGCCGAGGCGGAGGACGCCUCCUACCGCAAAGUCUUCGAGAACUUCCUGCACAACUCCAUCUUCACGCCCAGGCCUCCAGACCGCCGGCGCAGGGACCUCUUUGCGGUGGCCAAUGCCACCCUGCUGCGGAGCGCGGGCGGGAACGCCACGGGGCCGGAGGGCAACAGCACGUACGGGGAGCCGCCGUACCGCGAGUACGAGUUCAACGAAACCAAGGUGUUCGGGCGGGAGUGGACGGAGAUCUCCAGCCUGCAGGCCUUCACCGUCUACCGCAUCGACAUCCACGCCUGCAACCACGAGGUCCAGCACUGCAGCGCCGCCGCCUUCGUCUUCUCCAGGACCAAACCCGCGGACAAAGCGGAUGACAUCCCGGGUCCGGUGACCUGGGAGGGGGGCGAGCGGGGGGAGGACACGGUGUUCCUGAGAUGGCCGGAGCCCACCAAUCCGAACGGGCUGAUCCUGAUGUACGAGAUCAAGUUCCGCCUGGGCAACGAGCCCGAGAAACACGAGUGUGUGUCCCGGCAGCACUACCGGGAGCACAGGGGAGCAAGGCUGAGCAAUCUGGGGCCUGGGAACUACUCGGCCCGGGUGCGAGCCACCUCGCUGGCUGGGAACGGGUCGUGGACCGAGCCCAUGGGGUUCUACGUCCCCCAACCCAAAAGAGACUAUGAAAACGUGUUUUAUCUCAUGAUCAUCAUUCCCAUAGUCAUCCUGGUGAUCAUCGCCAGCCUGGUGACAGCGCUCAUUGUGGUCAACAAGAAGAGGAGCAGCGACAGGCUGGGGAACGGGGUUCUGUACGCCUCCGUCAACCCGGAGUAUUUCAGCGCCGCUGAAAUGUACGUGCCGGACGAGUGGGAGGUGGCGCGUGAGAAGAUCACCAUGUGCCGGGAGCUGGGCCAGGGCUCCUUCGGCAUGGUGUACGAGGGCAUAGCCAAGGGCGUGGUGAAGGACGAGCCCGAGACCCGCGUCGCCAUCAAGACGGUCAACGAGUCGGCCAGCAUGCGGGAGCGCAUCGAGUUCCUCAACGAGGCGUCCGUCAUGAAGGAGUUCAACUGCCACCACGUGGUCCGUCUGCUGGGCGUGGUUUCGCAGGGACAGCCUACCCUGGUGAUAAUGGAGCUGAUGACCCGCGGAGAUCUGAAGAGCUACCUACGGUCCCUCCGUUCCCAAGAGAAUUCCUCCUGCCAGUCGCUGCCCCCGCUGAAGAAAAUGAUCCAGAUGGCGGGAGAGAUUGCGGACGGCAUGGCCUACCUCAACGCCAACAAGUUUGUCCACAGGGACCUCGCUGCCAGGAACUGUAUGGUGGCUGAGGACUUCACUGUCAAGAUCGGAGAUUUUGGCAUGACAAGGGACAUCUACGAGACAGAUUACUACCGGAAAGGGGGCAAGGGCCUGCUUCCGGUCCGCUGGAUGUCCCCGGAGUCCCUCAAAGACGGCGUGUUCACCACAAACUCCGACGUCUGGUCGUUCGGGGUGGUGCUGUGGGAGAUCGCCACCCUAGCGGAGCAGCCGUACCAGGGCAUGUCCAACGAGCAGGUGCUGCGCUUUGUCAUGGAAGGAGGACUGCUGGACAAGCCGGACAACUGUCCGGACAUGCUGUUCGAGCUGAUGCGCAUGUGCUGGCAGUACAACCCCAAGAUGCGGCCCUCCUUCCUGGAGAUCAUCAGCAGCAUCAAGGAGGAGCUGGAGCCGCCCUUCCGGGAGAUGAGCUUCUUCUACAGCGAGGAGAACAAGCCUCCCGACACCGAGGAGCUGGACAUCGAAGCGGAGAACAUGGAGAACGUUCCCCUGGACCCCUCGUCCAGCCGGCAGCCCGUGGUCGUCAGCCCGUCGUCGCAGGGGGGCCCCGGGGGCCCUGGGGGCCAGGCCCCGCCCACUCAGCCGCCGGCCGCCGCGCCGGGACCCGGCUCGCAGUCCGGCCCCGGCCCCGCUUCGGCCCCGCCCUGCUCGCCAGCGACGGCCGCGGACAAGCACUCAGGACACAUGGCGGCCAACGGGCCCGUGGUAGUGCUGCGGCCGGCCUUCGACGAGACGCAGCCCUACGCCCACAUGAACGGGGGCCGCAAGAACGAGCGUGCCUUGCCGCUGCCCCAAUCAUCUGCCUGCUGAUCCAGUGGACCC